AUGCUCGAAGACAUCAAGCAUGAGGUCAUGGUCAACUGGCUCUAUCAGCAGCAGUGCUCCUACCUCUGGGUAGCAAGCGGCAGCGGCGAGAUUGAGGGCGUGAUGCUUCGAAAGUCAAGAGGUCGAUACAUGACCUGCCUGCCGGCACUUGGGAAUUCCCCCUUGGCUGCGGCCUGUGCUGCGCUCAACGUCCAGUGGUCUCCGGAGGCUAUCGAGGUUCCUCUGAACGACGGCUUGCGCAUCCAAAUCCUUCCCACCGUCGACGAUCUUCUUCGUGCCCGAAAACAUCAAGCCAAGCAUAUCGAGUCAGCGCUCAUGCAGCUCGUAUGGAAGGACGGCAAUGAGGUUGACGACGAGGAGGAGAGUGCUCCUCCCAUGGUGGAACGAAUCGUUGAAGUCGAUACGGAGAGCGGCGAGCCGAAACGAGAAAAGCGACCGGUUCACUUGCUCAACACCUAUCUCGUCAGCAUCACGCUCUUGAUCGUUACAGUAUCCCUUAGGUCCGCCUGGAGGCAGCUCGCUAUUGAAGUCAUGGUUGAUGGUGACUUUGUCCGUCUUGCUCUCAUCGUCCUGGCACCGGUCCAAAUCUUCUUCACUCUAUUCUUCGCUCAAGUUAUUGUCGGCUCCUUAGCUCAGAUAUUUGGACCUAUUCAACAGCUCUCGGUCAACUCAAAGUUUUACUCGGCCAAACUGCCGCCGAGGCUGCAGACCCCUACCCUGCCUCACGUUACGGUGCAGUGUCCUCUCUACAAAGAAGGCCUCGCCGGUGUCAUUGCUCCCACAGCCAAGUCGAUCAAGCACGCCAUCUCCACGUACGAGCUCCAGGUGGAACGAAUUGAGUUCUAUGCAGACCACAGCAUCGGUUGGGUUGCCCGCCUUAGACACGGCGAAAACGGCUUCCAACGCCGUGGCAAGUUCAAGAAGGCACCCAACAUGAACUUUGCCCUCAUGAUCUCGUGCAAGGUGGAAGAAAAGCUUAGCCAAAUCCAGAGAUCCCCGGAAUGGUCCCAGCAUGACGAAGCUCAAGCCUAUGAGCGCGCCCUCCAAGAGGUUCUCGAGGAAGAUGGCCGUGCCUGGAUUGACGGCAACAUUCGGAUGGGCGACUACAUUCUCUUGAUUGACUCGGAUACCCGUGUACCGGCCAACUGCUUGCUUGAUACUGUCUCGGAGAUGGAGCAGUCCCCCGACGUUGGUAUCAUGCAGUUCUCAUCGGGUGUUAUGCAGGUUGUCCACACGUAUUUCGAGAACGGUAUCACCUUCACCAAUCUGAUUUACAGCGCUAUUCGGUAUACCGUCUCCAACGGUGAUGCUGCUCCCUUCGUUGGUUACAACGCCAUUCUUCGUUGGUCUGCCAUCCAGCAAGUCUCGUACGAGGAUGAAGAUGGCUACGAGAAGUUCUGGUCCAAGAGUCACGUGUCGGAGGAUUUCGACAUGGCUCUACGAUUGUAG